UAUCUUGUUUUCCCCAAGGUGAAAGGCAUCAGUUGUGUGUACAGUAUGAAUCAAUAGGCAUUGCAGAUUAUGUAAAAAAAUUCAUGAAAUACGGUGUGUGCAUUGCUGUUGACUUUCAACGUUAAGAAGGACACAUGGGGAGAAAAUGUGUAAUAGGUUGUGAGGUCAAGUAUAUAAGUAAUAACCACUGAUGUACCAAACUUCAGAAGUAUGGCACAUUGCAAAACAAUUCCUGAUGUGGAUGUACAUGUGAAAGAACAAAUACAUACUAUUAACUUCUAAAAAAACUGUUUCUGGUUAGACGCUGAUCCUAAAUAUACCCUGUCUUGAAAGUAAGUCUCACUGGCUUUAAAGGUAGCUGUGUUGAUCCAAAAGGGUGGAAUUCAACUUCACACUUUUCCAGUUCAUUCCGUGCAAAUACUCCAGCUUGCCAGGCAGAGCAGUAACCCCUUCCCCUGCAUGUGCUGUUCUGGGGGUUAUCUCAUGCUGCCAAGCCAAUUUCAGGGAGUACCAGGGGCAGAAGAGGGGGUAAGCCCUGUUGUGGAAGUCCUUAUCCAGGGAUUCUGCUGACAGGUCUGUUUAGGUGAAUCCCACCCAAAAUAUAUAAUCUAAAUUCAUAUUAGGGAAAUAAAUUAGGCCAACCAAAUUGUUAUAAAGUGGUGUGCAAUCUUUUGAAUUCCUGAGAAAACUUCAGGAUGGAUGUUAAAAGGAGGAAGAAAAAAGGCUGCUGGUGCUGAUCAGGCCAUCUUAGCCUGCUGUCCAAACACUGUUCCAGAGGUUUCGAUGGAGGGAAAGUCUUCCUCUGCCCUGUUCAAAACAGCUCUGUCAUAUAAAGUACUAUAUAAAUUUCAAAACAGCUCUGUCCUAUAAGGUACAUAAAUCCUUAGUUGGAAAGUACAGUAAAAAUACCACUGAUGGGAAGCUCCAAAAUGGGGCAUUCUGGGAGACACUGAGCCAGCUUGGGAUCCAUUUGUUUCUGAGUCAGACUCAUUACUGUCACUUGGGUGUUGGGCCGAUUGCCAGCAUAGCAGGGGUCUGGAGGUCCUGGGCUGUCCAGACCCACCCACCCUCUGCCUCACUGAUGGGGUCCAAAGGAAAGCAGAGCACUGUUUGGCAUCAGCCUGGCUGCAGGAGUUGUGGAAGGAGGCAUACAAGAAGCCAUCGUAGGAGUCCUCUCCACAUUUCGUAGGGUUUACUGCUUAGCUUAUUCUCCCAAAGAUAUCCUACAAGGCAGCAGAUGGUUAGGAUCAGAGUGUUGUCCUGCUAGAUGAGUACAUGGGCUCCCUUCCCAGACUGAUGAGCCUCAUCUGCCCCUCACUUGCCUCUACAACACGUGCAGAAACCACCUUGACUGUUGGACCCACUAUUAUUCCUGUCUGCUUAACCCACUGGAGCCCAUCUUCACAUGCAAGGGAAGUCCCUAAUCCACAAAGGAUUUUGAGACCAAUUGGCUACCCCCACCUGGAUUAGCUGGCAAGUUGAAGGAAUUUCCUGAGUUGUGGCCACUGUCCCAUGCUGACAGCUAGGAGCUGCGAGUAAGCUGAGUGCAGGGUGGGGCCCAGAGGUGGACAAACUGCCCUCAAAUGAACAUGAUAUGUCCCCCACCAGAGGUACUACUACUCCCCUAACCACACACAUAUUGGGUUUGGCAUAUUGGUAUCCUUUAGGGUGACCCGAGAGUUCUUUGAGAACUCCAAUACCAAAUUGCUGCUUAUCUAACAAAAAUGUUGAACUUGAUCCUAAGAUCAGCCUCUGUCCCCAAAGUGAAAUAUCCACCAUGUCUACUUAGAAGUAAGUCUUUACUCCCAGGUAAAGGGUUAGGAUUGUAGCCCAAUAUAGGAAUUUACAAAUCUGUUUGCUUUCAGGACAGGCCUAUGUACGGUAGCUCCUUGUUCACAAAACUGAGCUAUAGUAGCAUUUGUGAAUAUAUGCCUCACAGAUAGGCAGCUCAUUUGGGUAGAUUGUUGUUGUGGGUGAAGGAAGUAGGUCAUGAUCUGUCCUAAACUGGAUGCUAUUCUGGCCAGUCAGGAUCUCACUGGUUGACUUUCAACAUGGUUUUUUAAAAUGAUGCUUUAUUUCAGUUGCAGUAUUUUGGUUCCCAAGCAACCAACCCAGCCUUGUAAACAAAACUAUACACUUCAGCGUUGUAGCUGGGGAAUCCUGUCUGCUCAGCCUUUUUCUCCCAUAACACAGGACAGGAUUUGCUCUUUGCCUCUACGUAUGUAGUUUGGAGACACUGCUAGAAGACACUUUUCCUGUGGAGAAGAGAAAAAUGAACAAUCAAGAUGUGAGCAUUUUGAAUGUGGGAGGAGUGAAAUUCACAACAUGGCGUUCUACGCUACAGCAAUUCCCUGAAUCUAGAUUGGCAAGGAUGUUGGGUGGCAAUGACUUAGAAUGUAGGUUGGUGAAUGGCCAGUUCUUUAUAGACCGUGAUGGAGUUCUGUUCAGCUAUAUCCUGGACUUCCUAAGAACACGACAGCUUUCUCUGCCGAGUGACUUCUCAGACUACCAGAGGCUGCAGAGAGAGGCUGAUUUCUAUGAAAUUUACUCUCUGGCUGACCUUCUGAGUCCAGAAAGUUUGUUGAAACCAAAACUAGAGAUCUUGGAAAUACGAUUCUUGCUCCAAGAAAUGCAAGCUUUUUUCCGGGUAUUUGGCUCUUGUAGCAUCACUAUUGGUGAACUGGCUGGAAGAAUCACUGUAUUUUCAGAAAAGCUUGUUGGAACAACUUGGAAAAGCCAUAAUGACCCCUCACAGAAGUCGUUGAUUCCCCUUUCUUUGGAGAGGCCUUCCCAUCAUGAUGUCAUUUUCCAGUGUGGCACUGACUACAGUGAUCAGUUUAUAGCAAGAUAUGUUUCUAUAAAACCUGAUCAGAGGAAAUUGAUUAAUGGAACUAAUGUGCUGGGCCUGCUGGUUGACUUAUUACUCAAAGAAGGAUUUCGUUUAAUAAGCACUAGGACCGUCUCGGCUGAAGAAAAAAUUGAAUGUUAUAGUUUUGAAAGAAAAAGGCAGCCAGACACCUUUUCCAUUAGUAUGUGCCAAACACAACAAGGCACCACUAUAUCACAGCCAAUCCAAGGGCACAAACGGAAAUGAAUAAUGAAGAUCUUUUAAGCUGAGUGUGAAAUUAACAAGGCUAAGAAUUAUUACAAUAGCAGCACACAUAUUUUUGCUCUCAAUAUACCCUAUUUGUUGGAUUUCUAAUACUGGAUAUUUGAAUGGUAAAUAUGGAACUUUGUCUAAAUUACGUACUUCAUUAACUUACAAUAACCAGAUACCCAAUUUUAUCACAUCCAAUGAAAAAACUUUUCUAUCUACUAUAUUUAUUUGCUUUUACCACAUGCUACUGGACCUAUUGCAAGGUAAAUCCAGAGAAGUAUACUUAUCCUCACAGAGAACAAGGGCAUCAUGGUCUGAAUGGUUGAUCCGAAAUAAGUGCACCCAGACAUUUCAUUUGCAAUUUCCAUAUUUAGCAAUCAUCUUGUAUCACAGCAUUGCAGUAAUCAGGAUUAUACUUCACGUAGAUUUUCUGGUUAGGAAAGAAACUGAAAUCUGUAAUCUUUGAUCUCUGGAUGGAGAUGCCCACACUCCCUAAGCCCACAUGUUGUCUUAAAGUGCAGUGAAGGAUGUUAUCCUGUGAUGCGUGCUUUUUAAAUUUGUUUUUUGUGAAAGAUUGUCAUUGAUAACAAACGUACAUAUAACGUCUCUGUUUUCAGUUCAUAGAGUCCUAUCCACAGGUCAAUUACAUUUGGUGUGAGAUGUUGCUAUCAUAGACACUGUCAGAUUGGGGGGAGAAAGAUGUGGGGUUGCCAGUGGCAAAAUGUGACUGGAACAAUGGGAGUAUCAAACACUGUUGGGGAGGCCAGGGCAUGGUUGUUCGCAGUGAGUUUUGUUCAUGGCUUGGGUGGUGUUACGGAAGGGGGGGGCAUGUCUUCUUCACCUUCUUCUUCGCUACAAUAUAUCCAUUUA